UUACAUCUCGCAACGGUAGCAGCAAGAUGAUCGCCAAAAUCUUCCUCAUUUUGAAUUUAUUUUGCAGUGUUAAAGGAGCCUUAGAUGAUAAAUUUCACUCAUAUGACAUCGUAAAGACCAAGCACAUUCAUGUUCACUCUUUGUCAAAACGAAGCAUUGAGGAAAGAAGAUUCACCAAAGAGAUCAAACUUUCAGCAUUCGGCAAGAACUUUACGAUUCAUGCCAAACCUAGUCAUCUGUUCAGCUCCACAUUCAAACUACGAGCGGUGCAUGCCGAUGGAUCAAAAGAGGAAGUGUUUGGCUUCAACCAAGAGAACUUCUUUGAAGGGGUAGUUGAAAAUGAUAGAAAUUCGGAGGCAAGUUUUCACAUGGAUGACAAUACUGGCGUGUUCACGGGGGUGUUUGCCACCGAUGGGGAAGAGUUUGUGGUUGAGCCGCUGUCCCACCAUGCUGAGAAGGAGACCAUGGACUUCCACGACGAGUCCACUAUGGUUGCCUACAGACGUUCAGACAUCAAAUCUGACUCGCAUCCAAAAUGUGGAGCAAUCCACCCAGAGGUUGAGCUAGGUGAUGAUGAUGAUGAAGAUGAGAUUGAAGUAGCAUUUGACCAGCAUAGCUCAGGUGAAGGUCAGAGGGCUAAAAGGGCUGUAGGAGAAAAGACCUGUCAGGUUGCAGCUAUAGCUGACUAUCGAUUCUACGAGCAUAUGGGCAGAAGCAGCAUAUUUAAAACUGCAAACUAUAUUGCAAACAUUAUGAACAGAGUGAACCAGAUUUACAAAUCUACUGGCUUCCGUGGUGGCAAUGGGUAUGGAUUUGAAUUCAGUGAGAUGGAGAUCCACACUGCAGCAUCUACUGGUGAUAACAUCGCCAAGUACCCAUACAACAUCGCCAAGUCCAACUGGGGGCCAAGAGAACUACUAACUGAAUUAAGCAAAACGAGUGAGUUUCCAAGUGCAUGUUUAAUCCGCCUGUGGACAGCGACUCCGUUUGAGCAAAGUGUACUGGGGAACGGAUAUAUCGCUAGUUCGAAGGCAGGAGCUCUUGGAGGAAUAUGCUCACCACCCCGGUCCGAAAGUGGAGUGUUAAGGUACUUCAACACCGGCUGGACCUCAUCCAAGAACGGAGCAGGCAAUACUUUCACCUUUACACAACGGGCUCUUUUAACAGCUCACGAGUUUGGUCACAACCUGGGCAGUGAUCACGACCCUGACACUGAUGACUGUGCCCCAAGCAGCAUCUUCGGUGACGGCAAAUACCUCAUGUGGACCUCCUCUGUGACUGGUGAAGACCCAAACAAUCAUAAAUUCUCAUCCUGCAGUAUUAAUCGCAUGAAUGAAGUUUUAUCAACCAAAUCCUCCUGCUUCGUGGUUGCACGAGGUGAACAACUUUGUGGAAAUGGGCGUAUGGAUGCGGGAGAAGAAUGUGACGGAGGGUUUCUGGGAAUGGUCAACCAGGACACGUGCUGUGCCAGUGACUGUACGCUGAGACCAGGAGCUUUUUGCAGCCCUGCAAAUAGUGACUGCUGUACAGACAGCUGUUUUACGGCCCCAAGCACUGUAGUCUGUAAAGGUGAUGUGGAAGGGUCCUGUACGGAGGAAGUGUCUUGCGAUGGAAUUAGUGUGGAAUGCCCCAAGACGGUAACCAACAAGGCAGAUGGUACACUAUGUACUGAUGGCGGGUCAUGCCAGUCGGGAAGUUGCUCAGGGUAUUGUGAAUAUCGGGGAAAGAUCUCCUGUGUAUGCGAUUCUGUUGAGAACUCAUGCAAGCGAUGUUGCCGUGACAACACCACCACUCCAUGUACCUUGUACAGCAAUGAUGCUCUUGCCGAUGGCAGAUCCUGUGUCCAGGGAUAUUGUGCUACUGGUGUGUGUAUCAAGGUCACCACAGACCUUGUAGAGCGACUGUGGGACUUUAUUGAUGAAAUCAGCAUUGACUUUCUUGUUGAAUCCUUCAAGACGAACAUGGUGGCGUGUGUGACAGGGUUCUCCCUCAUUCUCUACGUUCCUAUUUGUAUCAUCAUUUGGUGUGUGGACCGACGUCGCAUGAAGAAAUGGGAAACAGAAAACAAGGUGCACGUGAGAACGGAUCGGACCCUAGCCAAAGACGAAGACAAGCGGCCCAUCAACCGGACACUGAACGCCAGCGACCUUAUGGACGACUCGUACAGACGACCGAACAGUAGAAACCAGAUACAACCAACAUUUAGUGUAGCAUAACAUGAGUUUGGUCAAGGUCAUUUUAUUUUAAAGGGAAUCUAAAUAUAAUUCAACUUUAAUGUAUUUCUGAUUAAUUAUAAAAGAAAAUAAGGCAGAUAAUAACAUUGCGUAAUAAUACCAACUUUGGAAAACAGCCUUGUUUAUGAUUGUAUAUGAAGCACAUACACAACAUACAUAUUUAAAACUGUUGUUUCAAUAGAAAAGACAAUAGUCUCAUCACCAUAAAAACUGCUGUUUCUUUCUUUUUCAUUUUGAAUUAAUUGAUGAUAUAAUGAUGUACUUCACAAAAGAGACAUGCACUGUGUUAAAAGUAUUAAAUAUAUUUGUGCAUUUUAUUAUAAAAUGUUUGCACAUUAAAAAGUAAUGAAUUAUUUAUGUCACAUUUUUUCUGUAAAUUUAAUCCUGAAUUUAUUGAUAAAAUUUAGUGUUCAAAAUUUUAUUUUGUUUAAUGGUAUGCCGCUUUUUCAAAUUCGUCGUAUGUUUAUUUAAAUUAAUCAGCAGUCAGCUGUUAUUGACUUUAAUCAGGUGAAUCGGCUGAAUUAAAUAGAGGCUGGGCCAAAAGACAAAUCAUGACUUUGAACACUAUUUAUCAAUAUGCUGUUUAUCUAUAUAGAUUAAACCUACACAUAUUUUGUAUUUGCUUGCAAUGAGAGUUUUAUAAUAUUUUUUUUUAUAAUCAGGGUAGAAACAUCCUUUACAGGAAGCUAAAUAGCUCAUAUCUGCAUAUUUGAAUACUCAAAAAAAAAAUCAAACACUUUUAUAAUAUUUUAUAGAAUUUAUUGUCACAUUCACUAUUAUAUUUUGUCUGUCAUAUUUUACACCUAUUAUUUCUUUACCUGACUGCUAUGUUUCUAAUUGGAAUUUUUUUCCCUUUCAAGAACAUGUUUUCAUACGCCAAACACAUCAUUUAACAUAAGGGGAGUUUUUAUUUGUAAACAUGUAUUCAUACGCCAAACACAUUAUAAAAUAGUGCACAAGAAAGUACGCACAUACAUUGACAUUUAUUCCUGUGAUAUUAAAGCAUUAUAAUAACUAUCAUAGUGGACUUUUUUCUCGCUAUUGGAAAUUUUUCACGCACGAAAAUACAAGCACCCCGGGAGUUUGAUCUUAGGGCAAUAUGAUUUUCAAGCGCUCUGGUGAUGCAGAUUUUGAAAAGCAGACGCCCUGGUACCGGGGUGCUAAAAUA